AUGAUGUUUAAACAUUUUGUGGAGACCUAUGAAUUAAUUGAUCUUCCGCUCUUAAGGGGUGAAUUUACUUGGGGCAGUACAAGAGGAGAUGGUAUUUGGAGCAGGAUAGAUUGUUGGCUAUUGAAUGAUGAUGCAAUAAUCUAUUUUGAUGGAGCCAAUCAAUCGGUAGAAGACUGGAGUGUCUCAGACCAUAGACCGGUAUCAUUAUCUUUGGGGUCAAAUGAUUUUGGCCCUAAACUGUUAUGUUUCUUUAACUAUUGGCUGCUGGAAGACGGGUUCAAGAAGAUGGUGGAAGGGUGGUGGUGCUCGGCGGUAGUGGAAGGGUGGUCCAGCUUUGCUCUAAUGAAGAAACUAAAAGGGCUAAGGACUAAAAUCAGGGAGUGGAACAAAAGUAGAGGAGUUUGGGGGUCCGAAAAAAUUAAAGUACUCGAAGAUCAGCUGCAAGAGGUGGUAAAUCGAAUGGAGAGAAAGGGUAUUGAUAACCAGCUGCGUAAGGAGAGGCUGGAAACGUUGAAUCAGCUUUGGAAAGAAUACAGAGUUCAUGAGAGCCGAAUGUUACAAAAAUCCAGAAUCCGAUGGAUUAGGGAAGGGGAUCGGAAUUCAAGCUUCUUUCACAGAGUUUGCAAGGUGAGGGAGGCACGAAAAAAUCUGACUCAUCUAGUUUAUAAUGGGGAAGAUCUGAAUAACCCGACAACAAUUAAACGUGCCCUCUUCUCUCACUUCAACAACUUCUUUAAGCAAGAGGGUAGAACGAAGGUAGUAAUCCGAUGUCCAAAUUUGCCUAAGCUAAGCACGACUAUGAGGGACUUGCUCGAGGAGGAAUUCUCUGAAGCGGAAAUCUGGGAAGCAGUUAAAUCCUGUGACGGAAACCGUGCGCCUAGGCCAGACGGUUUUAAUUUCACCUUCUUCAAAGAGUUUUGGAGCAUUAUAAAAGAUGAAAUUGCCCUGGUAUUCCACGAUUUCUACUCUCAUGGAAAAUUGGUGAGAGGGCUAAAUGCUGCUUUUAUUACCUUGAUACCAAAAUCGGAUGAUCCUUGUUCAGCUUCAGACUUCAGGCCAAUAAGUUUAAUAGGCAGUGUCUACAAACUAAUUGCCAAAGUAUUGGCUAGACGUUUGCAAUUAGUAAUGCCGGGCAUUCUCACUGAAAACCAGUUUGCAUUUACAAGGGGUCGCCAGAUUUCAGAAUGCAUAAUGAUUGCGAAUGAAAUUGUGGAUGUGAUGUCUAAAUGUGAGGAUGGGGGAUUGAUGCUGAAAAUUGACUUUGCAAAAGCCUACGACAAUGUGGACUGGAAUUUUCCUAUUGGCACUAUGAAGGAAAUGGGGUUUGGGAGGAGAUGGAUGACAUGGAUCCAUGGGUGCAUCUCAUCAGCUACGCUUGCUGUGUUAGUGAACGACUCGCCGACAGAUUUCUUCGCUAUUGAGAAAGGGUUGAGACAAGGAGACCCACUCUCCCCUUUGCUCUUUAACAUAUGCGCGAAUGUUCUAUCGUGUAUGCUAAACCUGCUACUGCAAGAUGAACACUACUGUGGCUUCAAAUUAGGUGAGGAAUUAACCAUGAACCAUCUCCAAUUCGCAGACGAUACGCUCGUAUUUUGUGAAAACAGUCCUAUACAGCUAGGUAAAAUAAAUGAUACCUUGGAGGCAUUUCUUUGGGCAUCUGGGUUGAAGGUGAAUCUCACCAAAUCGCAGUUGUUUGGGUGCAAAAUCUGCCCGGAAAGGGUGACUGAGCUGGCUAAGAUAGCUGAGGUUAGUGUUGGUCAAAUACCGUUCAUUUAUCUUGGGGUCCCCCUUGGUGGAAAUCCUAGAAGAAAACAAGCCUGGAUGCCCCUAAUAGAGAAGAUGAGGGUCAGAUUGAUUCCCUGGCGAUCGAAAUUUCUCUCUCUGAGUGGGAGACUUGUGAUCCUUAAGGCUAUUAUCGCUGCGGUCCCUAUAUACUACAUGUCAAUUUUUAAAGCACCUGUGGGAGUGGUAGUUCAGUUUGAGAAAUUGAUGAGAUCAUUCCUCUGGGGCAACAGGGAGGGUCAACGGAAAGUGAGCUGGGUAGCAUGGGAGCAGAUAUGCAAAGCUCAACAAUAUGGUGGUCUUGGAUUAGGAUUUAUGGGAUGGAAAAAUAAGGCUUUGCUCCUCAAAUGGGCUUGGCGAUUUGGUACUGAAAAAAAUGCGCUGUGGAGGAAAGUGGUCUGUACAAAAUACGGGUGGGAUAACAGAUGUUUGAUCCUUCACUCAGUGGUUGAUCGCUACAAUGACUGCUCUUAUGUUUGGCAAGAUAUUCUGAAGACUUUAUACGAGGACUCGAUCUUAGCCAAAGCUUUCCGGAAUCAAAUCCGAUGUAAAGUGGGAAGUGGAAGUGCGGUGCGGUUUUGGCUUGACCCGUGGGUUGCGCAAGCUCCUCUCCAUCUGACCUUCCCUCGGAUCUAUGCUUUGGCGGUUAAGAAGGAUGCUUUUGUUAAUGAGAUGGGAAUAUGCCUACAGAGAGUGUGGACAUGGUCUAUAGAGCUUCGAAGACAUUGCUUGGGAUGGGAAACUGAUGAAGAAAGUUGUUUCUACAGCACAAUAAAUUCCUAUCUCCCAAGUAAAGGGGAAGAUGGUAUUUUCUGGCAAGGUGAUCAAAGAGGCCUCUUCUCAUUUAAAGCUAUUUGCAUUCUAGCAGAACAAAACACCAUGAAAAGUGAUGAAUUCAAGGUACCAAAAAGGAUUCGUAAAGUUGUACCACCAAAAAUCAGCAUAUUUGUAUGGCAAGCAUCCUUGAACAGAAUUGCUGUGAGGGAAAAUCUAGUAAAACGUGGGUUGUUAGUUGAGAAUCAGGGGAGAUGUAGUUUGUGUGGGUUGGUUAUGGAAUCAACGAAGCAUCUAUUACUGCAUUGCACAAAAAUCUGGAAACUCUGGUGUGAUAUUAUGAAUAGGGAAGGUUUGGUGUGGUGCUGCCCGGAACAAUUGGAAAGCUUGCUGAUUGAAUGGCCUGAACUGUGUGCCAAAUCUGAUGGUACCCUAUGGGAACUCAUUCCAUAUGCAUUGAUGUGGUCUGUUUGGUUAAGUAGGAAUGAUCUGAUAUUUAACAAUAAGCCAUUUUCGAUGGAAGCCACUUGGGACUUGCAUUUAUCCCGAAUAUCUUGGUGGGUAAAAGCUUGUUGGAGGGACUGUUCUUACACAGCGAGUGACUUCCUUCUGAACUUUGAGAAUUUAAGGCUCAAUGUGAGGGCUGUUAGGAAUCGGAAAAAUGGAUGGUUUCCUCCACCGGUAGGCGUUCUGAAAUUUAAUGUGGACGGCUCUGCACUAGGAGCCCCGGGCAGAAGUGGAGUGGGUGGUGUUCUCAGAAAUUCAAGAAGGCAAAUUAUUGGGGUAUUCUCCAAGGCUGUGGGAGAACUUUGGGCCUACGAAGCAGAGGUGAAAGCCAUUCUCCAAGCUUUAAUCUUUUGCAAACAAUAUCACCUAAGGCACAUCCAAAUUGAAAGCGACUCAACGAUUGCAGUAGGCUGGACCUUGAACCAGGUAAACAGGCCUUGGAAACUGAUUCAAGACCUCAAUUUAAUUGAUGCACUAUGUGUAGAGGUGGACUGUAUUAGCAUCAGCCACAUUUAUCGGGAAUCAAAUCCUUUAGCUGAUUAUUUAGCGAAAUCAGGAUGUUGGAGAGAGCUGCAUAUCUGGUCUUACUUUGCUGGUUUAGACACUGCUAAUGAAAUCUUAAGGCAAUGA